AUGGAGGCCCUGCAGAAGCAGCAGGCAGCUCGGCUGGCCCAGGGGGUGGGGCCAUUGGCCCCUUCACGCUCGCUGCUGCCACCCGGGCCUCCCCUGCCUGACCACCGGACCCUACAGGCCCCUGAGGGGGCCUUGGGGGAGGUUGGGACUGAGGAAGAGGAAGAUGCUGAAGAUGAGGAGGAGGGGGAGGAAGCCAGGGCAGAGGAGGAGGCAGCUGAGGAGAACCAUCCAGGGGCCCAGGGCCCCAGCUCACCUUCUAGCCAGCCCCCUGGACUCCAUCCCCACGAGUGGACCUACGAGGAACAAUUCAAGCAGCUGUAUGAGCUCGAUGCAGACCCCAAGAGGAAGGAAUUUCUGGAUGACCUGUUUAGCUUCAUGCAAAAGAGGGGGACGCCAGUGAACCGCGUGCCCAUCAUGGCGAAGCAGGUGCUGGACCUGUACGCUCUGUUUCGUCUGGUGACCGCCAAGGGCGGCCUGGUGGAAGUCAUCAACCGCAAAGUGUGGCGGGAAGUCACGCGCGGCCUCAGCCUACCCACCACCAUCACCUCGGCCGCCUUCACUCUACGCACCCAAGAAAAGCUUCAGCGCUUCCAGACUGAGGCUCUGGAUGGGAAGAUAGAUGGAAUGAAGGAUGAGAGAUUGAGUGGAAUUCCAACCCCUCGCCUGGCACUGCCUGUGGGCCUGGCAUUGGGACCUACACGGGAGAAACUGGCACCAGAGGAGCCCCCAGAAAAGAGAGCUGUGCUGAUGGGGCCCAUGGACCCACCUCGACCUGGCAUGCCCCCCAGUUUCCUGCCCCGUGGCAAGGUUUCCCUGAGGGAAGAGCGGCUGGAUGGGCCUCUUAAUCUGGCAGGCAGUGGCAUCAGCAGUAUCAACAUGGCCCUAGAGAUCAACGGGGUGGUCUACACUGGUGUCCUCUUUGCCCGCCGCCAGCCUGUGCCAGCUUCCCAGGGUCCAACCAACCCUGCACCCCCACCCUCUACAGGGCCCCCUUCCAGCACCUUCCCCUAA